GUUUGAGUCAGCCUUACAACAUGACUCCGACUUCGCGACGCUCACAACUCAUCUCUUUCAGAAUACCGAAAACUUAUACUUCAAAAUACUACGCCUGUCGAUAUCAAGGCUCAAGCCUUACCUCAUAGCUUCUCGAGUCUUCUCUACCUCCCAAUUCUCUCAUAAUAUUAAACCCACCAUGAGUACCACUGAACCCCACCCGACGGCGACCAACGAUACCUCAACGAAGAAAGUUCCUAAAGCUCUUCGACACCCGUUAACGAAGCCAGAGGAUUCAUUGCUAAUCGCAUCUCUUUUCAAGCUUGCCAAAAAGUCACCUAAACUCGUCAAACCUAAUGCCUAUACCGCGCCUGGAGAUCCCGACAUCACGGUGAACAGUUGGAAGAUGAACGAGUUCAAGUAUUAUGAUAUUCCCUCUCCAUUUCCAACGUUGGCUAGAGGUAUCUUCACGUAUGAGGUGGAUAGCGAAUCCAGGAAAGAAGAUGAUACCAACAAAUAUCGAAUCGUGGUUAGAGGAUAUGACAAAUUUUUUAACAUCGGAGAGGUCCCAUGGACAACUUGGGCUUCACUUACCGACCACACGGCCGCACCAUAUACCCUUUCUCUGAAAUCAAACGGAUGCAUUAUAUUCAUCGGUGCUUUGACUCCCAGCAAGCUUCUCAUCACGUCUAAACAUUCGGUUGGACCGGUGGGAGGAGUUGAAAAAUCUCAUGCUCAAGCUGGAGAAGAGUGGCUCAGGAAAUAUUUCACGCUCAAAGGAAAGAGCGAGGAAGAAUUUGCAAAAAAGCUUUGGGACAACAACUGGACUGCCGUUGCUGAACUAUGUGACGACAGCUUCGAAGAACACGUCCUUGCAUACACACCCGAGCGUACUGGCCUCCAUCUCCACGGACUAAAUACCUGUACAAAGGAGUUUGCUACGCUUCCACAGUCUACUGUCGACGACUUCGCAGACGAAUGGGGUUUGAUUAAAACUAAAUCCAUUAAGCUCAAUUCUAUUUCCGAAAUACAAGAAUUUACUGCAGAGGUAUCGAAAACUCAGCAUUGGGAGGGUGAAGCUGUUGAAGGUUUUGUGGUUCGUACCCACGUAACUCAGCCACCUGACGGUGGAGGAGGUAGUGCACGCAGUGAUGCAUCUCCUUAUGCCCCGGGCUCUUCAUUUUUCUUCAAAAUCAAAUUUGACGAGCCCUACAUGAUGUACCGAGACUGGAGAGAGGUGACGAAGAUGCUUCUCAGACAAAAAGGACCUCUAUCGGAGCAAAGCCUUCCCCGUAAUAAAAUGAAACGCCCAGAGACGCAAAAGUAUGUGAAAUGGGUGAUUGGGGAGAUCAAACGGGAUAGGAAACAGUUCGAUGAGUACGCGAAGGGAAAAGGAAUAAUUGCCACCAGGGAGAGAUUUUUGGCUUGGCUACGCACGAAUUCUGGUACUGUCCGGGGCAACAGCGAGGAGGCAGAACCGAAGAAGAUAGAGGAGUUUGGCAAAACCAUCAUUGUUCCGGUAGCCAUUCCUGGAUGUGGGAAAACUGCUGUUGCUGUAGCCCUUUGUCACAUAUUCGGAUUUGGGCAUACACAAAGCGAUGAUGUUCAAGCAAAGAAAGCUGCCCCUGUUUUCCUCAAAAAUGUCAACGAACUCCUGAAAAAACAUGACGUGGUGAUAGCUGACAAGAACAACCACUUGAUACAACACCGCACUCAGCUCCAGGAGAUAGCGCGGUCCCUGAACCCACCCGCUCGUCUGCUAGCCCUUAACUGGGCACUUGAUAAACCUCAAUCAGCUAUUCACCGCGUCUGUGGUGACCGCGUUAUAAGUCGGGGCGAUAACCACCAAACGUUACGCGCAGACGCUGCGAAAUCCCACGAAGCCGUUCUAUGGCAAUUCAUCACCAACACGGAACAUCUAGCUACCAACGAGGUUGACAAUAUUAUCGAUAUGGAUCUCGAGGACGACUUUGAAACCUCCCUCCAGCGUGCCGUCGAUGGUAUUUGUGACGUCCUCAAGUUGCGGAAACCUACUCCAGAGAAUAUCCGCGAAGGAAUUGACGCAGCUUUGAACUACAAAGCUCGAACGAAGACGAAAAAAGAUGAGGCACCGAAGGCGAAAGUGAAAGAACCGAGAUACUUUGCGUUGCUCCCCGAGAUCAAGGUCGAUGAACUACUGAAUACGGUUCUGGGGGAUAACGAUUCGUACACCCUUUGGAUGCACCUCAAACGGACGGGCCGGGUGACACAGCGCCCCCAUAUCACGCUGGUCCAUAAGAAGUCGCUACCAGGAGAAAUAGAGCUGUGGGAGAGGUGUGCGGAACUCCACAAAUUAGAGCAACCACCUGUUUUCGAAUUCGAGUUGAGUGAUGUGGUAUGGGACGACAGAGUAAUGGCGCUACGUGUGGGCAAUAUCAAGUUGGAUGGGGCGAGUACCGACAGCUCGCAGAAGGGUGAGGAGUUUGUCAGCAAGCUCCGGGAUGAUAUCAGGAAGAGGUUGCACAUCACCAUUGGGACUAAGGAUGACAGCAUCCUAGCUGUUGAAGCAAAAGAUUUGGUCGAAAGAUGGAGAGCAGGGAGCAAGGAAGGCUUACACUCGGUGCAGAUUGAACCAGUGAUGGUGAAAGGAAGAGUCAAAGGUGUAAUUGGGUAACCACGAUGCUGAUGUAUCAUCCUCGAUCUGUACUUUAAGCCAUUUCUGGUAUUCUGGAGAAAUGACUUGAGCUAAAUUUGGA